AUGGUGCUGGACGGCCUGAUGCUCUACACCAUGUACCAGACCUCCAAGUACCUGUACAAGGCAAGCCACCGACAACUGAAGCCCAUGAUGGACGACUGGAGGCAGGGCCAGGACAGCCAGGCCAAGCUGCAGAACCGCCUGCAGCGCACGGGACGCCGCGUGUUCAACACUAACUACUUCGAGAACGUCAUCGCCGGCGACAUCGUGGACCCGCAGGACAUCGACGUGUCGUUCGACGACAUCGGCGGCCUGGAGCGCCAGAAGCGCGAUAUAUACGACCUGGUGGUACUGCCGCUCAAGAGCCCCGAGUUCUUCGCGUCUCGCGGGAAGCUGCUUACGGUCCCCAAGGGCAUCCUGCUUUACGGAAAGCCAGGCACGGGCAAGACCAUGAUGGCUAAGGCCAUCGCCAAGGAGUCUGGCGCCUUCUUCAUCGACCUCAAGAUCAGCACCAUCAUGAGCAAGUGGUUCGGCGAGUCCCAGAAGCUGGUGCGAGCCGCCUUCUCACUGGCCCGUAAGCUGGCGCCCUGCAUCAUUUUCAUCGACGAGGUCGACUCCUUCAUGGGCAAGCGUGGCGGCGUGUCGGACCCGACCUUUUCGUCCAUGAAAACGGAAUUCCUGGCGCUGUGGGACGGCUUUACGGAAAUGAGUACCGAGGAGGACUGUGGCUUUGGUGUCAUUAUCAUGGGUGCGACAAAUCGUCCGGGAGACGUUGACCCGGCCUUCCUUCGCCGUAUGCCGCGCACGUUCGAGAUUGGACUCCCCAACAGACCACAGCGUGAAAAGAUUCUUCGUCUUCAGCUCAAGACUGAGCGGGUAGACGAUCACUUUGAUUUCUCUCAGCUCGCCAAUGACACGAUGUACUAUAGCGGUAGUGAUUUGAAGGAGCUGUGCCGCGCUGCACUGAUGAUCCCACUACGAGAGCACAUCGACAAUUGCCGCGCUGCAGCGGAGGAAGCUGAAAAGAACCGGCCAGCUGAAGGCGAGAAGCCCCAGAUUUACGACGAGUCCGCCGCUCCCCAGCCGCCAACGAUGCGCCCACUGUCGAUGGCUGAUUUUGAUGAAGCACGGACCAUGGUGCAGCCAACUGGUGCCACCGCGUACGCGUACGAGAAUGCCCAGGAAGAGAAAUCCGCUCGACCUGCGUCUGGCCCUGGAAUGUCCAUCGACCCCGACAUGUUUGCGGCUCUCAUGGCUGCGGGAUUGCAGAACUUAAUGCAGCAAAGUCGCAAUGUCUCGCCGACGUUCGAAUAG